UCCAAUAAUUUUUGAUAUUUUAAAAUUAAGUAAUAAAAAACUAGAAUUAAUUUAAACAAACGUUAAAUAUGAUCCAACAGAGACGACAGAAGUUGCUCGAAACCAAAAUUUACAGGUAAAUCUACGUAAAUCAAGAUGUUGCUUCUAGACUACACCGCAAAGUUUAUCCACGUUGAGAAAAUUCUAAUUUUUUCAUGAUGAACCACAGUAGUCACGACUCGUUAUUGCAAAGAUUUAACUGUGAAACCUCCAACAUCGAAACUUACUCUUGUAAAGACUGCAAUUUCAAGACAGAAUUAACCCUUUCCUUCAAACACCACGUUCAAGAACAUCAUGGUGUUGGAAAAAUUCAAGAUUCGUCAAGUGUGUACACUGUGCAAAAUUACAUUUGUGAAAAGUGUAGCUUUGAAACACAUUUCAUAAUGAAGUGGCUUCAGCAUUCUACAAAAUGUUCCAACAAUGAAGAAAAUUCUGAAACCACAACUGGUACCAAGCGCAAGUAUAAACACAAAGAUUAUGUACAAACACACAUAAUUUCGAAACAAUUUAAAAUUAAAUGGCACAAGUGCCAAGUAUGUCCGUACAAAGCUAAAAAAAAAUCUCGCUUGCAAAGACACAUAAACGCCCGCCAUUUGGACGAGAACCGCAUUAAAUGGUACUACUGUGAAAACUGCGCAUUCAAAACCAAAAGCAACUCCAAUUUAAAACAGCAUCUACACUCACGACAUUUAGACGAAAAAGACAUAAAAUGGUACGAAUGCAAAAACUGUUCAUACAGAGCUAAACGAAAUUCCGAUUUAAAAAAACACAUUAACGUUUUUCAUUCAGUCGGCGACGAUAUUAAAUGGUACGAAUGCGACAAAUGCCAAUUUAAAGCUAAACAUUACGCGCAUUUAAAAAGUCACGUAAAUGCGCAUCAUCCCGACGAUAUUAAAUGGCAUCAGUGCGAAAAGUGCGCGUAUAAAGCUAAACAAAAAGAUCACUUGCAGAAGCACAUAAUCGCACGACAUUUAAACAAGCAAGAUAUUAAUUGGUUUAAAUGCGCCCACUGUUCAUAUAAAGCUAAAACAAAUUCUGAUUUAAAGAAACACACAGUUGCGCAACAUUCAGAUCAGCAGGGUUUUAAAUGGCACGAAUGCACGAGUUGUCAGUAUAAAACUAAGUACAAAUCAAACUUAAAAACUCACGCAAGUGUGCAUCAUUUGGGUGAACAAGUUGUUAAGUUGUACAAAUGCGACAAGUGUCUGUAUAAAGCUAAGGUGGAAGCAACUUUAAAGGAUCAUGUAGUUGUGCGACACUCGAAUGAAGAGGAGAUUAAGUGGUAUGAAUGCAAGAGGUGUCCGUACAAAGCUACACAGAAUUCGAAUUUGAAAAGGCACAUAAAUGCGCAACAUAUUGAUGGACAGGAUAUUAAAUGGUAUGAAUGCCAAGAAUGCUCAUACAAAGCUAAACAGAAUCAUCAUUUAAAGAAGCAUAUCAUUGCGCGCCAUUUAAAAGAAGAGGAUAUUAAGUGGUACGAGUGUGAAAAGUGUUCCUAUAAAACUAAACAUAAGUCUGAUUUAAAUAAGCAUUCAAGUAGGCACCAGGACACUAUAUAAUAGUAAUAAAUACCUCUAUGUGAAUUAUUUUCAUUUGGUAUGUGCAGAUUGUAAAAAGUGAGUUAUUAUGAAGUACUUAAAAAAAAUUAUCAAAUCCAUUAAAA